GUCUGCUCUCAAUAGCCAAAUCAAGUGAGGCAUCAACAAGAGAGGAACAUCUUCCACGACACGGCAUUGCUGCGAAUAUUUUAGUGCUUAAUACUUAUUAUCUUUUAAAAAUAUACUACAUUCUCGUUUUCCUUCAUCCAUCCACUCUUCCAACUAGCAUUAUGCACAACAUUCAAACCACAAGAGCAACCUUGGUCAGCUUGCUAUUCUACCAGUCAAAAGUUGGAGGCUCAAUGAACCAUGAACUUCGACUGAUAGGACUAAUAAGUCAUGCGUUAUCGUAUUUAGCCUGCCGAGCCUGCCUUAGGAUCGGGCUGCCAUAUGCAACGUCUGCUUCUACAACGCCUGCUUCUACAGUCCCAGCCUUGCACACACUCAAAAGAUAACAUUUGCUAUAUUCUACUUUCACAACUAAUAAAUCGAGUCCAGUUCUUUAGUUUCCAAGGCUUGUCUUCAGCAUGCCUCCAUUUAGCUAUGCUAGCUUACCUCCAGUUGAUUCCAGCACUAUUCGCCUACUGUCUUUGAUACCCAAUAGAGACGAAACCGCUGCUCUACAGGGCCAACUUCACAACUAUUCUCUCUAAGAGUCGGGCAAGGAAUCACAUUUAUACGAAGCUUUGUCGUACGUAUGGGGUAGCUUCGAUGACCCUCCACAUUUUAUAUAUAUAAAUGGGAAUUCUCUCUCCAUCACAGCGAAUCUGCAUGCAGCUUUACGACGUCUUCGAAAUCACAAUCUUGAACGAGUCAUAUGGGUAGAUGCUCUUUGCAUCAAUCAGCAAGAUGACCAAGAGAAAGGUCUUCAGAUUCAAUUGAUGGCGAGGAUCUAUGGCCAAGCAAACCGAGUAAUUGUCUAUUUCGGAGAAGCUGCAGAUGAUAGUGAUAUGGCUUUUGAAAGUAUACGAGCUGCGGCAGACGAUGAGAACGAAAAGCCUACAGGACCAUUGGCCAUUAGGGAUAGUGAUGAACCGAUCCUUGAGUUGCUUAAAAGACCAUGGUUUCAGCGCAUCUGGGUUCUCCAGGAGGUCGGUUUGGCCCGAAGUAUCCUGAUCAUCUGUGGUUCAGCGGAGAUGAACGGGUAUACAUUUUGCUCAGGUGUUAGUAAACUUGAAAGUUUACUCAACGGUUAUUCGGAUUUAAAAAGUUGGAUCCUUCCAACGAUCCGCUUGAUAAGACGGUCGAUUUUCCGUCCAAAGUAUAACUCGAGUGCACUAGGCGACCUCUCUCUAGGUGAGCUGAUCGAUAUGUAUCAUAACCACAAGGCUACAGUACGUCACAAUAAAGUGUAUGCCUUACUUCGUAUGUGCUCUGAUCAGUUGAGCUCGCCGGAGUUAUUACCUGAUUACACAAUUUCAUGGGAGACACUUUUUCGACGGCUUGUCAAGUUCAUCCUUCACAAAAGUGUGUCUAUAGAUGUUUGGGAUGACAGAGAAGCGGCGGUAAUCAAGAGUAGUGGCCAUGUUCUAGGACAUGUAUCCUCGAUAAGGAAUGGCAUAAAUCGAUAUCCUGCACAGUACAUAGAAGUUACAUUUAACGACAGGCCACUAUCGCUCCAGUACUGCAAGAAUUAUGGGGCACAUUGGACACUCCAAGCUUCUGCACGAUCCAUUCGGAAAAAUUAUAUUGUUUGCCUUCUGGAUGGCGCUUCAAAUCCAACUAUUAUGAGAGCAUCCGAAGAUCAUUUUGGUAUAAUUAUGAUUGCAGUCACUCUAAGGCAACAAACACAUAAACACACCUCGUUUCAAUUAUCUAUGUCUUCAACACCUGAUUACUCACAUGACUUUCUACUUGUGUGGCAAUGGGGAUCAAUGCCGGCACAGCAUUCUUUGGCACCCCAAUUGCCACAAAUAGAGAUCAAUUCUUUAGUUCCAGACUAUUUGAAGACCAAUGCGAUCAAAUCAAUGAGAUCAUUUGAAGUGGCACUGAUUCUAAAAGACACUGGGGACCAUGUAAUGGUAGAAGCCAAGCUUAAAAAAGAUAUCAAAAAAUAUGGGAAAUUGUUUGGAAUAGACAAUAUACAUAUCUUAUCAUUACAAGGGGCACUGGCGUCAGUAUACUGGAGCUCUAAUCGUUGGAAGAUGGCGGAAAACCUGCUUUUGGAGGUGAUAACGACCAGGCAAGAUCUCCAAGGUAGAUGCCAUCAAGAUACUUUAAAUAGUAAAAUGGGACUUGCAAGGGCUUAUAUAGACGAAGAAGUCCUUUCUAGACCGUCCAGAGCCGAAAAUCUGCGGGGUUUCAGGACAGAAUUAUUGAAUGGAAUCAGAAGUAAUAGUCGAAUUGAAGAAAAGAUCAUGAUACUAGUAGUAGAGUAUCUCGAUGGAAGAAUGCUCAAACUUUUGCUCGGCCUUGGAAGGGAUAGCGUUUCAGUGACGGAAAAAUUAGUGAAGGCCAUAUUCAGACCCGAAAGAGACGAUCGAAAGAUUCUCAUCCUGUUGAAAGAAAGAGGAAUAGACAUUGUGGAGCAGAUAUUAUCAAAAAGUUAUUCGCAAAACAAAAGGCGAAUAUAUUUAUCAGGGAGGAAAUCAUAAUCAAUAUAUGCAGUACACA